AUGGAGACUCGGAAACCCACUACGAGAACGGUCGCUCAGAGAAGAGUAUACGGGAAGCGGAAAAACAAUGCGCCCAGGGCAGUCUUUGAUCAAAAAAGCCCAGCGAGGGAGACACGCAAGGCUGUUGAUGCGACUGUCGAGGCCGUCCAAUCCAAGCUGGCUGAAAUAACCAUCAACGAGGAGCCAGUUUCUGCAGCGCAAGAGGUAGAGACGUCACAGAAUGAGGAGGUAGCAGCAGAAGAUCUGGAAGAGGAUUCGAAAAUCCAACACCCUAACGACCCACCAUCUAUGACCGCUGAUUUCCAUUCUACGCUCCCGUCUAUGGAUAUUCCGACCGAGUACCCCGCCGAAAAGAUAUCAGAGAUGAAGCGAUACGAGAAAAUGGUGGAGGUCCGGGUUUCCCCCGAAGAAGCGGACGCGCAAAAAACACCCAAAAAGGCAGUACCUAAGCCCAACAAUCUCUCCCAGGAAAAGCGAUCUACUAAGAAGACCUCUGCUGGCCGGAGAUCAUCUGGAUUCAUCCACGACCCCAAAAUCAACGCCUACGUUCGCCCAAUCCUCAACGAAUCCCUAUCUCCAAUCGCAUCACAAAGCAUUCAAAGGUUCGGCUCGUGGGCGUCCAAAUCAACGAAGAUGUUCCACGUCGCAAAAUUAGCCGAAGGAUCCUAUGGCGAAGUCUACAAACUGCAUUUACACGAGGAGGGUGAGCGACCGAUGGUCUCGAAAUCAAAAUUGGCAAAACUGCGAGCAUACGGAGAUGGCGUCUUCAAGGUCGUCCCCUUGAAUGCGCCACGAGGGCCCGGCUCGAAGAAAUUCACUUCUAUUGAGGAAAUUGCUGCCGAGGCGAAGAUGCUUAAAUACCUUGAUCCAAUCCCCGGGUUCGCGCGCUUCAGAGAGAUUCAUGUUGUACAGGGUCGAUUCCCCGAGACCUUCCAGAAAGCGUGGGACCAUUAUAAGGAGACGAAGAACGACUGUUUGAAUCCUGAUCCCUCUAGUAAGAAGUCGUAUGCGGAUACGCAGUUGUGGGCGAUUGUGGAGAUGGACGAUGCGGGGUGUGAAUUGGAGAAAUUCUCUUGGUCAUCGAUUUUCCAAAUCUAUGAUAUCUUUUGGGGCGUUACUAUGGCUCUUGCCCGUGCUGAGGAAUAUGCGAUCAUCGCGAUCUUCAUCUUGGAAAUGUUUGUAUUCGGUCGACUAGGCCAGAUGGUUCUAUGGAGCCCCCCCUCGGAUCUGGAUGCUGUGCGACAAUCUUCUCCUAGUGGCUUCGGCACUAGCUCUAUCGAGACCACCAUAAUCGACUACUCGCUCUCGCGUGCUGAACUCCGCUUGGCCGAUCUGCCUGAUGACCCUGAAGGUGUGGUCGAGAUUGCUUCUUCGGACUUGGAUAAGAAGCAAAUCUUCGAUGCGAUCGGUGAAGACGAGGAUGAAAUCCUGCUGCGUAAUACGUACAGAUACAUGCGCGCAACAGUCUACACGGGAGAUCCCUCGCAAACGGAAAAGAUCAAAGAUAUCCCAGGGAUCUGGUCAGAGUAUGCGCCUCGGACAAACUUGGUCUGGCUACUCUUUCUCCUCAAGAAUCUCCUCAAGAACCGCAAGCCAGAGGCUGUAGUAUCUGUACCUCCUACUCAGUCUCAGCGGCAAGCACUUGCGCCAUGUUCGCCUAAUCGGAAGACAACCAACCGAGCGCUGGAUAAUUCUAAGCCAGCUAAGACGCAAGAGCAUGCUGGCAGUGCUGCUCUUGUUAAGGAGCACCAGAGCAAGGGCCUGCAGAGCAGAAUUGCAAAGCUUAAGCAGGUGCUAGAGGGUAGAAUGGAAACGGUUCUUAAUCUUCUUGACCUGGAACAUGGACAUGAAGAUAUGUGCUGUGCGGCGGAUCUUGUUGCUUAUGCCAUGGAUUCGCAAUGGCUAGUUGAGCAGGACUUCUUCUAG